CUUGUUACCUAUCGAACCACACGCAACACUCUUUCACCCACACACGCACACGCUCUUCAAGAUUUGAAGCUUGUAAAGCAUGGGGUGGUUGCAAUCGAGAAAGCACAAGAAAGGAACCAAAGCAUUGAGUUCUGAGUUAAGAGAGAGGAAUGGCGAGAGAAAGCCAUGGGAAGAACACUGGAGCUUUCUUUAUGGCCACUCUGGUUCUGUGGCUCCUCUCUGUUGUCUUCGAAAUCAUCUUCCAUAAGAGAACAGAACUUGCCUAUGUGCUCGUUGGUUGCUGUUUCUAUCAAAUUGCCAACUGGGUCAUCCGAUUUUCCGUGUUUCGGGAUCCUCUCUCUGUCAACACCAGCGUAUCUUUGCUCCAUUCCUCAAUUACUUCUGUUUCAGGUUAUGUCUACAUUCAUUUUAUAAUUUCAUGUGCAGUCAUUUUCAUCCUGGUUAAUCAGUGGGCAACAAAGGGUCUAGGUACGAUAUUUGACCAUGCUCAGUUGUUUGGUGGAACGUGGCCUGGUGCAUACUUAGCUUUGUGCUUCUCCUGUGGUUACUUUGCAUAUGACCAGUGGGAUAUGCUCCAGUACCGACUGUACAGUGGAUGGAUCCCUUCAAUCCUUGUACACCAUCUGAUACUCCUGGUUUGCUUUACACUUGCAUUGUAUCGAAGAGUCACUGUGAACUAUCUUAUUCUCACCCUUAUUUGUGAGUUGCAUUCAAUAUUCCUACAUGUAAGGAAAGUGCGGCGAAUUGUUGGAGUACGGGACAAAAACAGCAAAGUUGUAAGAGCAGAAUGGGCACUCAACUGGAUCACCUUCUUUGUUGCAAGGGUCUGUUCACACAUUCUCAUCACAGUGAAGCUCAUUAGGGAUGCAUCUAAGUUUGGGAAGGGUGUAGAGCUCCCACUAGCCCUUUUUGGGAUGGCAGGAAUGAAUUUGCUGAAUGUUUUUCUUGGCCUUGAUCUCUUCAAAGCUUAUAGGAGAGAGAAGAAUCAACACCCUAGACAUCAAGAAUAGGGGGGGGGGGGGGGGAGGACAUUGUUAUGUUCUUUUCAGUGGUAUUUGAAUAUAUAUAACUACAUGUGGUUGUAAAUUAGAGGGAAAAUUUCUCUCUAAAAGGCAAUGAUUUGGAGUAAUCACCACUUUGUUAACAAGAAAAAUAUAAAGGGGUCAUUUUAUGAUA